AUGGGCAGAUUAUUGGGGCUAGAAUUGCAUAAUUUCAAAUCCUAUAAAGGUACUGCCACAGUAGGGUUUGGUGACUCGUCUUUCACGUCGAUCAUUGGACCUAAUGGCGCAGGAAAAUCAAACAUGAUGGAUGCCAUGUCCUUCGUUUUGGGUGUUCAGUCGUACCAUUUGCGGUCCUCCACCCUCAAGGACUUGAUAUACAGAGGCCGUAUUGACGAAACAGAGCCCACGCAAGUCUGUGAAUCAGCAUAUGUGAAAGCCAUCUAUGAAAAGGAAUUCGGAGAACAGAUGGUGCUUCAGAGAAGCAUCAACUCAGCAGGCACUAGCGAGUACAAGAUCAACGAUAAGAGCGUGACUGCUCUCCAGUAUACCAUGAUGCUCAAGGAGGAAAACAUCUUGGUUAAAGCGCGGAACUUCCUUGUCUUCCAGGGCGAUAUCGAGAACAUCGCUUCCCAGGAGCCCAAGCAGCUUGCCAGCUUGAUCGAAACUAUUUCCGGCUCAGCUGAGUUUGCUAGUGAAUAUGAUCGUCUCCGAGACGACAAAGAAAAGGCCGUGGAGCUACACGCCGAGGUUUUCUCAAGAAAGCGUAACCUUACCACAGAGUCCAAACAGUACAAGGAACAGAUGAGAGAGCGUGAACUUUUUGAAGACAAGCUCAGGGAGAAGAGCAAAUACUCAAAGAUGGCCCAUUUGUACAAGCUUUUCCAUAAUGAGCGCAGGCACUUCAAACUCAAGAGCGAUGUGAGAUUGACAUCCGAGAAGGCUCUUGCAGCGAGACGGAAACUUGCCGAAUGUGAAGAUGACUUCAAGAACAAGGCUGCAGAGAGUACCACACAUGAGUUAGAAGUCAAGAAACAAGACUCGCGCAUUGCCGAGCUUCGACAACAAGCUGAGACUACCAAGCGUUCUACAUUACCAUUGCAAUCCAGUCAAAAGCUUCUCGAGAACAAAAUCUCCUUCACAACAAAGAAAAUAAGGGAUCUUGAGGCCGAUAUUCGCAUCCAGAUAGAUCAGGAGCAGGCACUUCAGACCAGACUCAACGAUACUGAAGCUCAGUAUCAAGCAUUCAACCAAAAGAUUGCUGAGUUGGAACAGCUGGUCAACAUUCCAGAAGAGGGUAUGAAGGAGUAUGAGACCCUUCGAAAUGCAUUUUUAGCAGACUCGGGCUCUCAACUAGAGCGUGAUCUAGCUGUGCUCCAAGCCGACAAGGUCACAAUUGAUAUCUCUCUAAAGGACCUCGAUCUGCAGAAGGAGCAGUACGAUUCUCGUGUCACGGAGUUGGAGUCCAACAUGCAAGUAUACCUUGGCCUGUCCUUGCAUGACCUUAAUGCCAAGUUACAGGAGGUAGAGCAGAUGAGACUGGAGAAGCAAAAGGAGAAAGAGAAUUUACAGGAGCAACAGGAAAGAGUUUCGUUCAAAAUGCUUGAAUUGAACUCUGAACUCAGAGAUGUGAUGUCGAGAUUAGAGGAUUUAUCGUCUGAGCAGAAAGAGUCUAAGAAGCAGAGGGAGCUACGCGACAACGUCUCGAUGCUCAAGGCAUUGCUUCCCGAAGGCUCGAUUAAGGGACUUGUGUACGAGCUUGUCCACGCAAGUCAACGAAAGUAUGAUGUGGCUCUACUGACAGUGUUGGGAGCAGAUUUUGACUCUGUUGUCGUCGAUACAACUGCAACUGCUCAUAAGUGCAUUGAAACAUUGAAAGAAAGGCGUGCUGGUCUCGCCUCCUUUAUUCCGUUGAAUUCUGUUGUCAAUGAAUCGAUGAACUUAAACUACCUUAGGUCAUUACAUGAGGACGCUCGUCCUGCAAUCGAUAUCGUGAAGUAUGAAGAUCCAUCUAUCGAGAGGGCUGUGCAAUACGUUGUGGGAAACACCAUGAUAGUCGAUAACUUGGAGACGGCCAGAAGCCUUAAAUGGAGCUCGCAGAACGAACUCCAUUGCAAAAUAGUUUCGCUUGAUGGCUCUGUGAUACACAAGUCCGGCCUUAUGACAGGUGGUCUACAAGACAAGCGUUCAAGUGCAACAGGCCGUUGGACCAAGGAAGAAAUGAACAAGCUACUCAAGAAGAAGGAUGAUAUCACUGCAGAAUUGGAGAAGACCGCGACGGAGAAGCCAUCUGCUGUCGAUAUUAAUUCUCUUUCCGAGGAAAUUUCCCUGCUAGAUGCGCAGAAACCAUCAAUCACUAACCAGAUUGUUGUUUUGGAGCGUCAAGUGUUCGAGAGAAAUCAGGAGAUUCAAUUUUUGAAGGAAUCUGGCCAAGAAGUUGCGGAUCGUUCCGAGAGGAAGACACAAGAUCUUGAAAAUUUGCAAAAUCAGAUACUACAGUUCGAGGAAAAGAUUACAUCCCUCCAGCAACAGGUUUAUUCAGAGUUCUGUGACAAGUAUGGGCUUGCUUCCAUAAAAGACUACGAGAUAUUGCAUGGCACGGCACUCAGGGCCAGAACACGAGAGAGAUCAGAUUUCGAGAAAGCUAUAUCCUCGUUGGAGAACCAAGUGGCAUUCCAAAGAGACAGAAUUCAAGAGACUGAGCAGAGAAGGUCGAAACUCGAAACUGACAUUGUUUCAACAAAGGAAGACCUCGAGAGAAUAAUCGAGAGUCUUUCGGAGGCGAGAGAAAAUUUGCAUAGAAUCGAGGAACAGGUGGAGGCAGAGAGUCAAGCAAAAGCUGCCUUGGUUGAAGCAUUGCAAGAGAAGAUGAGGAGUGCAGCAGCGAGAGAAUCGGAGAUGAAAGACCUCGAAUAUGAGGUAAAGACUUUGACCAGAGAAGUCACUCACUAUGAAGAGGGUCUCAUGAAGAUCGACUCUGAGCGACUCAAUAUGCUCAAAAAUUGCAAGAUCGAAGACGUAGAUCUUCCUUUAGAGGAUGGAUUUUUGGACGCCAUCUCGCUUGACGACGCGAAUGUUUCCGAAGCUGCUUAUCAGGUCCACAUUGAUUAUGGCUUACUUGAACCUAAGUAUCAGGAAAAGUAUUCUGCCAGAUUAGAAGCAGAAAUCAGCGCUAGGAUUGAGACAAUUGACAGCGAUUUGCACGCGUUAACACCAAAUGCCAAGGCUCUUGAAAGGCUUCAAGAGGUUGAUCAAAGGCUCAAGGAGUUUGACAGAGAGUUCAGCAAGGCGAAGCACGAGGUCAACAGAGUAACAUCCAAAUUCAACGAAGUCAGAGACAAAAGAAAGGAAUUGUUUAUGGAUGCUUACAACCAUAUCUCUGGCAACAUAGACAAAGUCUACAAGGCGCUCACGAAGUCCCCUGCCUCUCCUCUUGGUGGUUCUGCCGACCUUACAUUGGAGGAUGAUGAAGUGCCGUUUGCUGCAGGUGUGAAAUAUCACGCUAUGCCUCCAUUGAAACGCUUCAGAGACAUGGAAUUGUUAUCGGGAGGUGAGAAAACAAUGGCUGCAUUGGCCUUGCUUUUUGCUAUUCACUCGUUUCAACCUUCCCCAUUCUUUGUAUUGGAUGAGAUUGAUGCAGCUUUGGACAACAGUAAUGUGAAGAAGAUUGCCCGGUACAUCAAGGAGAGUGCUGGCCCAGGCUUCCAGUUUAUUGUUAUCUCUUUGAAGAGCACAAUGUUCGAGAACUCCGAUGCGCUUGUGGGGAUCUACAGAGACCAAAGGGAGAACUGUUCCAAGACUAUCGGUCUCGAUUUGAGACAAUACCCUGAGGAGCACGAGACUAUCGCGCUUCCUGAGGGCCAUCAAAUCGCGGCUGCAGAAAAUUGA